CACCGAAUCAAAGCACGUUACUGCGGUAACCCCCGUCGACUUACAAAUGGACCGUGCGAUGCACUCGCCGGAGUGGAGUUGCCCGCCCUGUUUCCUCUCCGCGUCUGCUCCACUUCUUUCCCAACGACGUUUUAGAUCGAGAAGGAAGGCGAAGAUAGAUCAGCGCGCGACCGAGAGCGGAGGGGGAAAGCGAAGCAGCGCCGCGGCAAGUGCUUACGGAUGAGGAGAGGAGGCUUCAAACCCAACCUCACGCUUGCCUUGCCCAGCCACGAGGCCUCCAUCAGCCAGUUCUUGACGCAGAGCGGGACUUUUAAGGAUGGCGAUCUUCUCGUGAACAAGGAUGGGCUUCGGAUCGUCCCCGACGGCAAAGAAGAGGGGCAACCUCUUAUAAAGCCUGCAGGCAGUCUGAGUUUAGAUGACAUAGAUGUAAUUAAAGUGAUCGGGAAAGGUAAUGGUGGAAUUGUUCAACUAGUUCGUCAUAAAUGGUCCGGCCAAUUUUUUGCUCUCAAGGUUAUCGAAUUGAACAUUCAAGACAAUGUACGCAGACUGAUUGCUCAGGAACUCAGGAUAAACCUGUCAACUCAAUGCAAUUAUGUAGUUGUAUUCUACCAGUGCUUUUAUUACAAUGGUGCCAUCUCCAUUGUCUUGGAGUACAUGGAUGGAGGCUCACUUGGUGAUUUCUUGAAGCUUGUGAAAACUAUUCCAGAACCAUACCUUGCUGCUAUCUGUAAGCAGGUUCUUCGUGGAUUGAUUUAUUUGCACCAUGAAAAGCACAUUAUUCAUCGAGAUUUAAAGCCAUCAAACAUUCUAAUUAAUCACAGAGGGGAGGUUAAGAUAUCUGAUUUUGGGGUUAGUGCUAUAAUAGCUAGCUCUUCUGGACAGAAAGAUACAUUAAUUGGCACCUACAACUACAUGUCUCCAGAACGAAUAGCUUCAGAAAGACAUGGGUACUUGAGUGACAUUUGGAGCUUUGGAUUGGUAAUGUUGGAAUGCGCCACAGGCUGGUUUCCAUAUCCACGUUGUGAUAGUUUCUAUGACCUUUUGGAUAAAAUAGUUGAACAGCCACCACCAUGUGCAUCUCCAGACCAAUUCUCAGAGGAGUUCUGCUCAUUCAUAAGUGAAUGCAACCAGUGAACCACUGGAAUAUGGUACGCAACAUUUAAGGAGAAAAGAAGACAAUGCGGAACGAAGAGUUUGGGAAAGAGAAGACGACGACGACAACAACAACGGAAAAAAAGGAAAUAUGAAUGCAGUUAUUAUUAGGACAUUAAUUCUCAGUCUUUUUGUAUUCAAGAAAUGCGAAUAGAAUUAUGUUUAAUGGAAAUAUAAACUCCUAUUCUUUUCAUAAUAUGGUUUCUAACAACAAAAAAAAAAUUGUACCUGUAGUUUAAUUUGUGUUUCUGGGAAUAGUAAGAAGGAAAAAAAUAUAGAUAAAAGAGAAGGUAGAAGAUGGAACAGAAAGAAAACUACUGCAUCAAAACUAGAAUGAACCAUGUAACACCAUUAUUUAGUGGUAAAGCAAUUCUGCCAGUUCCUGUGCGUUAACCAUAAAGUUCAUUUAGCUAAAUUAUGAUAAACUUCUAGUUAGCAUGGCUCUUCGAAGCCAAUGUAUAUCACUGCAAACUGAUUAUCUGAAUCAAGUAUAUGUGGCAUCUUGAUGAAUGUUCGCCUUUUGCCACAAUUGAUGAAUGUUUCUUUUCAGUUUACAGAAAAAUCCAAAA